AUGAGCUCGCAUGAUGGCGGCCGCCGCGAGUCUGACGAAAAAAAUGGUGAUGGCGUCUAUGUGACUAAAAAUCGGUCAAUUUUCUCCAUGUGGCUGCACGGGAAGGCGGUCCCGGCCCGUUCACACCCAGCUGUGGUUUUCCGCUCGGCUGAUGUGAUUCAAGAAGGUUAUCUGCUUAAACAAGGUCUACGACUCAAAAUGUGGACUCGUCGCUAUUUUAUAUUGCGACUUGAAGAGCGGCAUAUGACAUUGGGUUAUUAUACAAGUAAAGACACCUUAACUCUGUGUUCUGAGACGCCUAUCGGUCCGGGACAUUUAUUGGGACAUGUCAACACAACUCGGUACCCGCGUCGUCUAGAGUUACGCUGUGGUACGAAGGCCAUGAUUCUAGAAGCUGAAGACAAGAAAACUUAUGAAUCUUGGAAGAACGCACUACAAGAGGCAAUACGUUGGAAUCACGCCAUGGUGCCAUCAAAAGAUGGUAGUUUUGUUACGUACGGAAAACAAGCUUCUGAGGAUUUAAAGCAAGAAGAGCGUAGUCGUGCUGAGGCAGCAAAGAAACUACGGGAAAAGCAGCGAGCUGAUGAAGCUGCUGCAGUGGCCAAUGCGUCGUCCAAACCAAAAUAUUUACCGGCCACACGCGCUGGGACUCAGUGUUUUAUGACUUCAAAUACAAGAUUUGAGAUUCCGUCUUAUUUUGAAUAUGUCAAAACCAUCGGAUCAGGGGCCUAUGGAGUCGUCAUUUCGGCUACAGACACGAAAACAGGGACAACCGUGGCAAUAAAGAACAUCCAACGGGCUUUUGACGAUCUCACGGAUGCAAAACGCAUUGUACGCGAGAUAAAAUUAAUGCGGCAUUUGAAUCACAAGUGUGUGCUAGGUGUCGAAGAUAUUUUCGAACCCGUAGCAUUGUCCAAGUUUGAAGAUGUGUACAUUGUCUCUCAAUUGAUGGCAACGGAUUUGCACCGAGUCAUUUACUCGAGACACGCGCUUUCCGACGAACACAUUGCGUUCUUCAUGUAUCAGAUGCUAUGUGCAAUGAAAUAUGUGCAUUCGGCUAAUGUCAUACACCGAGAUCUAAAGCCGUCAAAUGUGCUUGUAAACGCCAAUUGCGAGCUGAAAAUCUGUGAUUUUGGACUUGCUCGAGGUGUUUUUCCGGAGGAAGAGCUUGAAUUAACGGAAUAUGUUGUCACAAGGUGGUACCGUGCACCGGAAAUCAUGUUAGGCUGUAUGAAGUACACGCGCGAAGUGGACGUGUGGUCUAUGGGGUGUAUUUUCGCUGAAAUGAUGUCUCGGAAACCUUUGUUCCCAGGACAAGACUACAUUGAUCAGCUACAUCUUAUUAUGAACGCAUUGGGUGCUCCAAACGACCAAGAGCUCUACUUUUUGAGCAAUGCACGUGCUCGUAAAUUUAUGAAUACAGAGUAUCAAAAGCGAGGGCCAAAUCCAACAAAGCCACUUGCACAUAUGUUUAGCGAUGUACCGCCUGCCGCACUGGAUUUACUGCAGAAAAUGUUGGUGAUUGAUCCAAAUCAUCGUAUCAGUGUGGAUGACGCGCUGGCGCAUCCAUACUUGUCUUCAAUUCGUAAUGUGGAGGACGAGACGACAGCAACGGCGAGCUUUGAUUUCGAUUUUGAGAAUGAAAAGCUAACGAAACCUGCACUUCAAAAAUUAAUCUGGGAUGAAAUGAGGAUUUUUCACCCAAACGUUGGUGAUGAUGAAGCUCCAAGAACAUCAGAUACAGACUCAAGUAGUUUUGCAACGACAGAGGCAUCGGUGACACCCGUGACACCCGCCACUGAUGAGCAUAAAAAAACGAAUUCUGUAGAGGCUGCAAAGCCGAUUACUGAGAAAUUGAAGCCUGAAGACAGUGCUGACAAACAAAGUACCAAUAGUGACAAUAUUGUUAGAACUUGUGCUGAUAGCGGCAAAUUGACAGACGCGCAGACGCGACAGGAAGCCGGCGAACCAGCUCGGGAGGUUGCUUAG